AAAUAAAUUAUAAUUAUGUUAACGGGCAAGAAUUUUAUCGACUUACUUGAACAAAGAGUAUUAGAAACCAGUUUUAUAAAUAUGUGUUUUAAGUUUGUUGGUGUGUUAAUCUUAGUUAACCUAUUUUCAAGUUAUCAUGUGGAUGCUCAAAUUAUAGAUCAAGUUGGUGAUGUACAAUCUCAACCCUCUUUGCAUCUAAUUGUAAAUGGAAGCAAAAGCUAUUACAUUGGAGAUGUUUUUCAGGGCAACUUUUUUAGAUCAGAACAAUUCUGCAGGCAACAUGGAAUGAAUUUAGUUUCAAUAGGCUCUUCGGCAGAAAAUGAUUUCUUAAAAACUAUCAUAGUGAAAGAGGGUAAAAGUUCUGGUGAUGGAAGUGUCGAGUUUUGGACAUCAGGUACGAAACUUCCAGAUUCAAACAGAUGGAUUUGGUUUACCACCGGUAGGACGAUAACUUACUUUAAUUGGUUACAGAGACAACCAGAUGCAAAUAAAGAUUAUCAAUGCAUACAAGCUAAAAUUAUUAAUAAUCUACUACAGUGGAGUAAUAAAGAUUGUUGGGAAGAAUAUCAUUUCAUAUGCGAAACAACUAGGGCAUUUCGCGAAGGUACGGGUAUCCCUGCUGUGGAUAUUAGGUCUCUCGUUACCUAAGGAGAUGGUAACCAACACGCUUUCAAGACAAUAAACAUAACAAUCUAAGAAAAUCUAGGAAGACAUUUAAGAAAAUGCACGUAAAAAAAAACUAAAUUAUAAUUUUACAUAUACUUAGGCAUUAAAUAUAAUACAAAUUAAAAAA